AUGGCACGUCUGACGCUUGGUGACCAGGCAUUCCAAGAGGCACUUCAAGACUACAUCCGAACGUAUCAGUUCUCGAACGCCGAUCAUGAGAUGCUCUUCGCUAAAUUCACAACAGCCGCACAACGUCACGCGAAAACGGAUUGGUGUGGUCGUCCAUUGAACGUUACGAAGUUCCUCGAUCCGUGGUUCCUUCAAGAGUGUUUCCCACUGUUGACCGUAACGAACAACCAGCCCACAUCACCCGCACACGUAACUCAACAACCGUUCAACAACAUUUCAUCACUACCCAUCAGCAAAUUCCCUUACAAUUACAGCUGGCCAAUCCCAUUAGUGAGUGAGAAUUACAAAAACGCCACGCCGCAUUUCAGUUGGAUAAAACCGGGUUCGUGCUCUAACUAA